CAAAGAACACCUUGUACAACUCACGAGUCGCACAUCCCUUGAGUAUGGUGACAAACAACAAUAAUCGCCUUAAGUUAUCACAUUAGCGGGAAAGCAAACCCUUCUGCCUCAAAUGGGUUGAUAUUUAUGCCUGCAUAUAUGUGCUAACCAAUGGCGAGUAGUCUUUCGCGACCAGAAUCGUAAGGCUAGAGAAAAAAACCCGUAGUUGAAGCCAGCGUAUACAUAUCUAGGAAACUCAAGCAUUCACCAUGGCUAUUGAUCAAGAAACUUUCAAAUUCGAGACUCCACAGUUCGACCCAAGAUUCCCCAACACAAACCAGACUAAGCACUGUGCGCAAAACUACGUUGACUACCACAAGUGUGUUGCAGUUAAGGGAGAGGACUUCGAGCCUUGUCAAAUCUUCUGGAAGACUUUCACCUCCUUGUGCCCCGUCGACUGGGUUGACAAGUGGAACGACCAGAGAGAGGCCGGAAAAUUCCCCAUUAAAAUUGAGCAAGAUUAAUUGAUGGCAUAAAUAUCCACGAAUACACAUCACUGAUACACUAUUGUAGCUCAUGCUUAUCGAUGGUCCUUAUAUUAUCUGAUUAAUCCGAAGUUAAAUAUCAC